AUGGCAACAACAAGCAACACCAUCCUCUCAUCCCCCCUCCUCCACCAAACAGCCACCCAUCAACUCCGCGCCUACUCCAUCCAAGCCGCCGGCCCAACCUACCACCUCCGCAUCCUCGACUCCAUAAAAGAAGACCACCGCGAGAUAAUCUCCUGCGGGGAGCGCAUUUUACAAUCAAACGAUGCGGAUGAACAGACGAGGGGGCAGAAUAUGUUUACUUGGGAACUGGCUAGACAUGCCGUUGCCGAGGAUUUGGUGGUGUAUCCUGCUAUGGAGAGAUAUCUUGAGGGGGGGAGGGGGAGGGAAGUGGCGGAGAAGGAUAGACAAGAACAUCAAGGGAUCAAGAACCAACUACACACCUUCCAAACCCUCAAACCCUCCGACCCGCGCUUCCGCCCAACCCUCCAAUCCUUGUUAACAGAUUUUAAAUCCCACGCCUACGAUGAAGAAACUACCGACGUCCCCGCUCUCGACAAAAAACUCUCGCAAGAAGAAUCGGUGGGUUUGAGUAGAGCGCUUGACAGGACCAAGAUGUUCGUGCCGUCGAGGAGUCAUCCUGGGGUGCCGAGUAAGGGGCCGUUUGAGAGUGCGGUGGGGUUGAUGAUGGCACCGGUGGAUCAUUUGGGGGAUUUGUUUCGGAAGUGGCCAGGGAGGUAG